ACGAUCGAAAAGUUUCAUGCAUACGCGAAGUGGAUAGGGUCAUAUGAAAGGACAUGGCGCUAGCUUCUGGGUUGUCAUCAGUACACCCAGUUUCGUGAAUACCUGAAGAUCGCAGAGGGCAGCACGCUAGCCAUUGACACAGACGUAACCUAUAUAAAACCGUGAAUGAUGGCCCGUUGGGCCGGGAAAGUGGCCGUGAUUACCGGAGUUAGCUCCGGUAUCGGGGAGGAAAUUACCAAAGCGUUGGUAAUCGAAGGUGUUAAGGUUGUCGGUUUAGCCAGAAGAUUGCAAAGACUUCAGGAUCUUAGCAAGAAAGUGAACACUGCUGAUUUCUUCCCCAUCGAAUGUGACGUGAGGAACGAGGAGCAGAUCAUAAAGGCGUUCCAAUGUGUCGAAAAGAAAUUCGGUGGUGUUGACAUUCUUGUAAACAACGCUGGGGCUCUGCAUGUGUGCUCUCUUAUUGACACGCCAACCGAGGAGUAUAGCAGAAUAAUAGACACCAACGUUAUAGCACCAGCGAUUUGUGCACGAGAAGCUUCUAAGUCUAUGAGGAAACGAAACGUAGGCGGCCAUAUAGUGAACAUUAACAGUAUUGCCGGCCAUUUUGCCCAUGCCCUUCACACACCGAUUGGAAUGUACGGCGUCAGCAAAUACGGUGUGACGGCUAUGAGUGCAGAACUUCGUCACGAAAUGAUAGCAGAAAACCUGAAGAUCAAGGUUACAAGUAUCAGCCCUGGACUAGUGAACACGGAAAUGACGGAAGAAUUUAUAGAGGAAGAAUCGAGGAAAACAAUACUGCAACCUAGGGACAUCGCAGGGGCUGUGAUGUACGCGUUAGGGACACCUGAGCAUGUUGAGAUAGCCGAAGUUACUGUUAUACCACAUGGUAUACCGAUAGGAGGUCCCUUUACAACGACAUAGCCGAAGUUAUACCAUAUGGUAGACCGAUAGGUUCCUCUUCAACGACCUGCAGCAACCAAAAGUAACAGCAGAAGAAUCUUCGUAGGGACUGAAAAAUGCAUUUCAAUUUGUAUACUGUUCUUUUUUUACAAUGUUCUUUUACUCUGUACAGAGAAUAAAAUUAUUUAUACAGUCA